UUGGGUACGUCUUGAGAAUGUGUCAUCUUUGCAACCAACAUAAAGUUUUCUCGAUUUUUUUUAAAAUGACGUAUUAAUUUAUUUAAAGCUAAACAAACACUGUGUUUUGAAAACGAAAUAAAUCAAACAGCAGCUCGGGCGAGGUCUGAGCCAUUGGGCGUGGCUUUGCAGCCUCGGCUGAACGUCUAAAAAUAGCCUUAAAGGGGGAGCAAAAAAAAUGGCAGAAGUCAACUCGCCCGUAACGCGACAAAUCGAGAGCAACAUAACUCGAGACGGUGGCUCUCAUCCAGUCGACUUGCACCUCCGAAACGUGGAGGAUUGUUUCGUUUACGACCGCCACGGAACUUCCAUUCCCUUCAAGAGUUUGUAUCAAGACAGGAAGUCGAUCCUCGUUUUCGUGCGGAAUUUCUUGUGUUACAGCUGCAAAGAAUAUGUGGAUGAUUUGAGCAAAAUUCCCAAAGAAAUUCUGGAGGAUGCCAAAGUUAGUCUCGUUGUCAUUGGUCAGUCUGCUCACCGUCACAUCCAGCCUUUCUGCUCACUGACAGGAUACGCUCACGAGAUGUACGUCGACCCCGAGAGGAUCAUUUACCGUAAACUGGGAAUGAGGCGAGAAGAGAGGUUCACAGUCUCAGCCCAAGCAAGUCCUCACGUGAAGUCCGGGAUCUUUAUGGGCCAAAUGAGGAGUAUAUGGAGAGCCGUGACGAGUCCUGCGUUCGACUUCCAGGGUGAUCUUCAUCAGCAAGGCUCUCAAGUCCAUUUCUCCCAUUUUGACACCAACCAUCUGGACCACAUGCCGAUUAACUGGCUGCUGCAACUCGCCGGAGUUCAACGCACUCUCAACUUCGGCAACAGGGCAAAGGUCAUCCACGUGUAGCCGGCCCUGCAAGCCCGAAGUGGACCCGUUUUCUUCUUCUGCUGCUUUGCAGCGCACAACGUUGCUGACAAAAAGGUUUCGGUGCAGUUCGAACGGUAAAAGAAAAAAAAUGUGGAUUCGACUUGAAAAUGCCCGGCAAAAAUAGGCUGCAGACCAGGGGUCACCAACGCGGUGCCCGCGGGCGAAUGGUGGCCCACGAGGACCAUAGAAGGCGCCCGCGAGGUAUGUUCUAAAAAUACCAUAGGCCACAAAUUGUUACUAUUAUUUGUGCUUUAAAUUCUGAAUCUAACGUGUUCACGUGAAUUAAAAUUGGAAAAUACCUGUAAUGUCAUUUACUACAAUAAUUUAAAACAAAAAUAUUUUAUAUACGUGUAACAAACUCAUCACAACUCAUAAAGUUUUAUGUUCGUUGACAUUUGCAAUGCUGUCUAUUUAAAUGUUUAAAUCUUUGUUGUUUAUAUUGUUCACUCCAUAGAUCUUAUUUGUUAAAUAAAGCAUAUUUUCUAUUUCUGGAUGACAUUUCAUUCACGAAAAAAAAAAAAAAAUUAAAACAA